GAAAGGAUGGGAGUUUUAAGUUAAAUGAUUGUCAGUCUCAUGGGUGAUUUUUAAAAUAAGCCUACAACGGUUGGUUUUGCUUAAAGCUGAAAUUCGCUGAGAGUGUGCAGUAGGCUACCACUAUUUUGUGAAUAACGACUGUGUUGGUACCUUGUUUGAAAAAGUCGUUCGCCAAGAAGUUGGGGACAAGACGUACCAGCAUUCUGAGCGUCCAGCCUCCGAGUCAAAUUCCUAUUGUGAAAGCGAUUCAUUGGCUGAGAGGCGCAGCGCAGGACAAAGUAGUACACAGACACUGAAACAACGGGGCGUUGGUAAUAAGAGAAAGAAAUGGAAGCCGUUUCCGUUAACGAUCAACCUUCCAUCAACACCUCUGGAAACGGAGAUGGUCCGCUUGUUGCAGUAACUUUUCAAAAGAAUCCUUAUCAAACACAGAAGUAUCUUGAGGCAGAACCCAAGGCCCUUGGGGUGACUCAGAUCACACUCAGUGUAUUUCAGAUCAGCAUGGUCUUGGGAAUUUUCAUGGCCACUGACCAUUUCAUUUUCAUUGAGGUCUUCAGUCUCGUUGGGUCACUGUUUGCCAUUAUUGCUGGGAGCAUUGCAAUUGCUGCAUUGAAUCUCCACCUGCCCACUCUAAAAGCCUGCGUUGGCAUGCAGGUGGUGGCAUGUGGGACCUCAGCAGUCAGUGUUAUACUGAGAUCUGGAAUGUUUAAUGGUGGUUAUGGGUUUUGCUGGUAUUCCAUGUAUAAUGAUACAGAGAGCCCAAAAUUAUGCGUCAAGCUUGAGAGUGGGAUUGAGCAUUAUAAUGCGGAGCUACUCCUGAUCAACAUUGCCAUUCUCGCCAUUUCUGUCACGCUGACCACCUACUGCUGCAAGAUCGUCAAUUGCUGUACCCCCAGGGACAGUAUGCCGGUGAUCACCGUGAGUGCUCCCCCAGCACAGAGAUAAAUGGGGAAAAAGAAAAAAGAGAUUUUGGGGCUCAAAAGACUCCAGAGGGGUCAACUGAGUGAGGGGUCCACGUAUUAGAAACCCUAAGCAUAUUUGUAAUUAAGCUGAAAUGGGUUCCAUAAAGGCAUUGUCUAUUUUUGUGUGUUAUGUUGUUUUACUCAUGACGCCUUAUAUGUACUCUAUACAUUGAUGAGCCAAAACAUUAUGACCUAAUGCCUAAUAUGCUGUUGGUCCUCCGCGUGUCACCAAAACAGCCCUCGCUCACCGAGGCACGGGCCCUAAGAUCUCUGAAGGUGCCUUCUAGUAUCUGGCACUAAGACGUUUGCAGCAGAUCCUUUAAGUCCCGUAAGUUACGAGGUGGAGCCGCCAUAGCUUAGACUUGAUGUUACAGCACAUCCCACAGAUGCUCGAUCGGAUUGAGGUCUGGGAAAUUUGGAAGCCAGGGCAACACCUUGAAAUCUUUGUCAUGUUCUUCAAACCAUUCCUGAAGAAUUUGUGCAGUGUAGCAAGGCGCAUUAUCCUGCUGAAAGAGGCCAGUGCCAAUGGGGAAUACUGUUGCCAUGAAGGGGUGUACCUGGUCUACAACAUGGGAUAGCCCUAACGCAUCGAGGAGCCUUGGGCGCCCAACAUUGUCACUGUCAUUGUCACAUCGAUUAUGAGAACCAACGGUUUGCUUACCAUCUAAUAUAUCCCAGACCCUCACAUGCACCAUUGGUACGAGAUGAUUAUAAUCAACAUUUUCUUGAUCUGUGAGUGGUCAUAAUAUUUUGGCUCAUUGGUAUACAUCUAAUAAAGAGAUUUUGUUUAUUGAAAGUACAUUUCAACUACAAUUCUGUAAAUGUAUAUUUCUAUGUAUUUUCUAUGUAUAUCUAUAUUAAAUUGGAAUCUACACCAGAA